AUGUCGUGGUUUACAUCAUGGUUCACAUCGUCAAAGAACCCAGUGCCUUCAGCAGCUGGCCAGCCUGCAGCUCCCGGGAAGCGCGUCCUCGAAGAACCUGUGAAGCCGGCCGAACCCGCCAUUGAAGCAGCCAAACCCGUGACGCCGCAGCAGACACAAACCGAACGUUUGAACAGAAACAAACUCAUUUUUGGUGCUGGCGCCGUAUUUUUCGCCUUCUCCCUCCUCGUCACUCGAAGAAGCCUUGCGCGAAAACGGCUGGCCUCCAAUCCGGCUUUCUACGCCAAUGCCCCGGCACACCAGGCGGAACAAGCGAAAAAGGUCAACGGUGCCAUGGAAGCAGUCGAAGCAUUGAACAUCGCGACGAUCAAUGUCCUCAGUCUGUCGAUGAUGGUCACUGGAGGGGCUAUGUGGUAUUUCGACAUCAACAGUCUGGCAGAGGCGCGCAGGAAGAUAAGAGGUGGGCUGGGCGUUGACGGGACGGGCAAGUCGGAGAAGGAAGCUGAGGAGGAGUUUGAAGAGUGGAUGGCGACCGUGCUGGCGCGCAAGGAAGCGAAAGGACCACGACCUUCGCAGACGAAUGAACGAGGCCAGGAGAGGUGA